GGGGUUACCAUUUUUAGCGCUGAUGUCUGUGUGGGAUUUUAACUGUGAUGUGAAGUGAGCCGGAUCGGGACCGGGGCAGCCCAGGGGGCCCAGAAAAUGUUGUUGUACGACCCCGUGAUUUCUAACAGCGGCCCUGCCUGUCUCUCACUCCUCACACUCCUGCAAUGGGAAAAGGCGGAACAGAGAACUAUAGCCCUGCCUCUUGAUUGCGAUUGGCUCAGACAUCUGUUCCAGAAAAGGCGCAGCCCACUGCUGUAUAUGAAGGGAGAGCAAGUACCUGGGAUCAUUGAGCGAAUGGGAAGAUCAAUAUAGACUUCAUCCUGAGAUACGGGCACUGGGGCCAGAGAUAAACAUGGAGGAGUGCGGGAUCUGUUUCUAUGAAUACGGCCCGGGCAGAGAAGCCCAAGCGUUGGACGGCUGUGUGCACGUGAUCUGCGCGAGCUGUCUGCUGCAAAUGGUGGGCAAAGACUCAACCGUCACGUGCCCCUUCUGCCGGGCGCUCUGUGCGUUGCCUAGCGACCUGUUGUACGGACAGCGCGGGGGGACAGACAAAGUGCGGAGCCGCAGGAGUUGGGUAAAGAAACUUCUCCAGCCCACGAAGCGUCACCAAGGUAACGAGAGUCACCGACUGAAGCCGGAGACAAGGUGAUAUCAGUCGUGUUGGGGUGAUAUGCCCGUUCUUCCUUUAAAGCUGCGGAAUUUCUGCAGAACAGAUGUCCCACGUGGGGCUACAUUCCCGGCUCCGUCUCCAUUCUGAUCACAUUGAUGGCAGUUGCUUCUCACCGGGGGAGACCAGCGCUAUGGACUGUUGCUCGGUGGGAUCCCGGAGACAUUGCAGAAGAGGCUGUACAAAGUAUUGUGAGAGGUCGGACUCUUUAAUUGACCUCUGGCGGUGAUUUAUUUAUACGUUUUUUUCUAGUGUAAUAGUGAAUGGCAUUUGCGUCCCAGUAAAUGUACUUUAUUUGUA